UCAAAUGAUUCCGUUCACACAUAACUGUAAACAUCAUAACAAAAUUUAUCGUCAAAAUACUAUCAAUAGUGUCCUACCCUAAACAAACAACUUCACGCAGUUUUUCGGUGUUUUCCCGACGCGUAGGUGAAAAAUGCAGUAAUAAGCCAGUCGAUUUUACUACAAUGACAGUGACCAAUCGACGAAUUCCGCGGCUCUCAAACCAUCGAGCCCAUCUACCCCAUCAGCAUUUCCCACAUCCGACUGGUGCUGGUGGUGGCGGUGCCCUAGGAGCAGGAGCGAACAUCGGUGUGGCCGGUAUUAACGGUGAUGAACUGCCACACGGUGGUGCAGCCAUCAUCAAUGGGGACGAGGAUGGACAGUUUACCUUUGGGACACCUUUUCCGAAACAUGUACCCUUUCCCAAUGUGGAACACAGCUCGGAGCUGCUGAAUGAGUUUCUUAUUUUCGGAUUUACGAUCAUUGCUAGUGCAACGCAGUUUCUGCAUCUGUAUCGAACGGUUUGGUGGCUUCCGAAUUCUUAUACCCGACAGGCCGUGAAUUUCUAUCUGAUUGACUGGGAUUUAGCUAUUUUUAUCUACGUUAUGGCCAGCCGCCGCUUACUCUACUGUUGCAUACUCAAACUUAUUGAUCUGAACUGCCCGGAGUCGUACGUAGAAAUUAGCAAGAAAAUCGCAAAGUACAUAUUUUUAGCUUGCGUUCUGAUCUCAUUCGUCGGUUGUGGCAUUCAGAUAUUCCAGAAAAACAGUUACCUUUAUCUGUUUUGUUUGUCGUAUCCAUUUGUACUGUAUCUGACCAUUUUCGGUUUCAACCUGGAGCAGUUUCUACGUACGAUCGUUGACACUGAAGUGAACUGCAUCAAUGGAAUGCCCGUGCACAGUUGUUCCUCUAAUGCAAUUGCCGUUCGAUCUGAAAUCGACGCACUGAAGACGGAUUUCAACAAUCGGUUCAAGCAAAUCAUCUUCACUUCGGUGCUGAAUGCUUACUAUUCCGGCUUUGUGCCGUGUGUGUUAGUCCCGAAGCAUCUCUAUUACGAUAUAUUUUGGGCGACACAGCAUUUAGGUUUUAUUUUCAUCGGAGGUUUCACAAUGUGCGUUGCAUAUUGCUUCCCAGUUAAGUACUGCGAUGUGUUCCAUAGGGCGGCAUUGCACUUGGGACAGUGGAAUCGGAUGACCCAUCGGACGCAUCAUCCACCACCGUACGCUUGGUCUAAGACAACUAUUUUUCCCUAUGGAGCAUAUGUGAAACAUAUGGGAGAGAUCUAUAGAGCGUCCGGGUACUGUACUUCAGCCAUUCCGGCUAAUAACAGUCAUCUAAGGUUUUAUGCCAUAUUCAAGAACCCCGCUUUAAUCUACAUGGUUUUGUUUGGGGUCCAAGUGGUAUUGGUUGUCCUACAGCUGCUGAUUCUGUGUUUGUCACGCGAAUGGCACAACCUUAUCUCGCUUGGUUUCCUAUUGUUGGCAAAUUAUUUCACGCUGUUCAAAAUUUCUCGCGACUACAUGAUUGCGAAACGAAUAUACGCUGGAGAAAAUGCAAUCAACGACAAGUUCAAAGCGCAGUAG